AUGUCGUCCACAAAGCCCUUGAGAGACUGGCUCUAUCUCGUCAUCGUCGCCACUCAGCUCCUCGGCAUGCUUGGCCAUCGCUGGCGCCCAGCUCUCGAUCUCGUUGCCUUCUAUCCGGCCUCGUUGUACGCGACCCCCUCCUCCCCCUUGCACUUUCUCCUCAGCCUCCGUUCCGUCUACGUCUCGGCCUCGGGCGAUCCCUACUUUGCUCCCUCGCCCACGGCGACGCACGAACCCUGGUUUGAGAUGUUUCUCUACGUCGAAGGCCUCGUCCAGCUACCGCUUGCCGCCUACAUGCUCUGGCAGCUCUCCUCCAAGACGGGCACAUCGGGACCGGCCGAGCUCGCAGGCCUUGUCUUUGGCUGCCUCACCGCCAUGGGUGCCGCCACCUGCUGUUUCGACUUGUCCCAAAUGGGACCGGAGAGGGUGGGUGCCGGCCAGAAAAUGGUCUUGAUCUACGGCACAUAUCUCCCCUUUGCCGUCAUUCCGGCCUUUAUGGCCAUCGACAUGUACUCGCGCUUGCUGCCCCGGGUCCAGCCUUCGGACGUCAAGGCAAAGAGUCAAUAG